AUGCCCAUGCAGAUUCAAAAUCUGUAUGCAAAUAUGUUUUGCGAUUACAAAGACGGUGCGCUGUUUGGGCUAGGGAUUAUUCACAAGCACAUAUGGCGGCCUGAAUCUGGUCAACUGAAUCAGGUAGAUGCCUGGAUUGCAAUUCUGAAGAUGGACAAUGGCAUGCGUCCUGCAAGCACCGGGGAGCCGGAAUGGGUUAUGAUUACAAUUUCCAAGCAGUCAAUUGGGCCGGCACCGGAGAGCAACGGUGCCGUUGCAGUGCUAGGUGGUUCCGUCGCAUACCCUUUGGACGACAAGACUCAUGGCCUCGACGCUGACGCAUACCGUUUUGCACUCGACUCUGCGAACGUUUCUCGCCCGGCCAAGCGAGAGGCGUUGAAUAAGAUGUUCUCGGCCACGAACGUUUCGCUGUGCUUCGAGCGUUGCCCUCCAGGACCGCAUGAUAAAUUCGAUUUUCAUCGGUCUAACGUGAAGGAGGCGCAGACUGUCAUUGCAGCUGCGCUUGGUACCCCAGACAAGAGCUUUCGUCACGAGCCUCCGCUGACCGCCGAGGAUUAUUGCCGAGCGAGGCGAAGCAUGGCCACUCCAUUUAUCAAAUAUCCGCCGAGCGGGGAAGAACUUGGCGAAAGAAAUAGACCUUUGGAGGAAGGCAUUAACGAUUAUGGGAGAGAGCACUGCACGCGAAUUAGUUUCAAUCUCUGCGGGGGGUUCAAAAACCUGAUCGCUCCGAGCUCGCAGUGGCUGCAAACGGCGACAUCACUGCGAGUAUGA